AUGUCUUCAACCACUGCCAUGGCCGCAGGCUCAUACCCAGGAGGAGCCAUGGUCCCCUACACCGCAACAUUCGUCCUCGACGACAGCAGCACCACAGCCGUCGCGGUCGUCGGCCAAGUCCUGAACAACGGCGCAACCAAUUUCGUCGGCUACAAUGAUGGAAGUGCAGAGUACCUCCUCACAGCAUCCGCCGCGAACGCACAAGAAACUACUCUCGCAGACGGCAACACUUACUACGUUUCCUCUGGAUCCAUACCUGGAGGAUACCUUGCCACGGAUGGAAGCGCCAUGAACGGCAUCAGCACGGUUAGCGGCAGCACUGUACCUGCAUUUACCCCGAUCACAGGAUCGGAUGCAGCACCGACGACGUCGAGGUCGCAGACUACUAGCAGGGCUGCUGGGGCGAGUUCGAGUAGUGCUUCGGCUGCUUCGGCAACUUCGACUUCGCAGGCUUCGGGACGACAGCUUUCGAUGGCAUCUGCGGUGGCUUUGACGCUUGGGUUUGUCGCGCUUACUGUUGGGUAUCUUGCUUGA